UCUUGACUUGUAGUGCGAUGGUUGUAAAAGAAUAGAGGAGAGGCCACCCCCACACCCAUUUUCAAGAAAGCACAAAAUUUUGAAGCGUAAAAGUCGAACCCUUCAUAUCUGUGAUCUUUUUUUAAUCUUUAGCAAGGAAACUACUCAUGCUGCUAUUCUUGCAGCUUGCGUCAGCUUAUCUUUUGUUUGAAGUAAAAAAGAUUCAACUUUUUCCUACCAGUAUUAGAUUCGUGUAGGUUUCCGUUUCUCCCCCCAAAGCCAUCUUUAUCAGAAGAGUAAUUUUCGUUCAGUUUUUCUCUUUGUGGGGGCAUUUUGGAAUUUUCAUCCUAUUCUUCGUUGGAGUGAUUGCGGGCAUGGUUAUGUGGGGGAUGGUGGGAAGUCUUUCCUGUCAUCCCUACUUCCCGGCCAUGGAUAUGUUUCCAAGCUGAAUUUGGUGCUUUUGUCUGAUCUGGUUCCUCUCAGAUUCUUCUGUCUUCUGUUAAUUCUCCUACUGCAAGUACUGAUACGUUUUCCUUGUCGGCAACAGUACUGGGACUUAUGGGUUGGCUUUCCAAGAUUUGCAGAGGUUUCAGCCAUGGCAGUAAGCAGAAAACGAUUCAUGGUCAACGCCUUGAGAGAUAUGAGGAAGGCACUGGUUGGGACAGGCCCAGAUCAUCUACAGAUGCAAGGUCGGACUUUGAUGAUGAACAAGUUGAUCUUGCAAUUGCACUAUCUCUUGCUGAAGAAGAGCAGAAGGAAGUCGAAAAGAAAGAUCCAAAGGAAGAACAAAGGGAAGAACAGAGUGAAGACGAAAAUGAAGAGAUGAAGGAAGACCAAAGGGAAGAUAUAAAGCAAGACCAGAAAGAAGAGGAUAAGGGAAAAAGGGUAAUCGCCGAAACUAAUAUUGAGGAAGAUGAACAAUUAGCAAGGGCUCUUCAGGAGAGUAUAGAUAUGGAGUCCCCGCCAAGAAAUAAUGGUUAUGGAAGUUUAUUUUCCCCAUUUGCAUUACUGUAUCCACCUGUAUAUAGGAUUUGUGCUGGUUGCAAUGCAGAAAUUGGUCAUGGAAGAUUUUUAAGUUGCAUGGGAGCUGUGUGGCACCCUGAAUGCUUCCAAUGCAAUGCUUGCAAACUUCCAAUUUCUGACUAUGAGUUUUCAGUGUCUGAAAAUCGUCCAUUCCACAAGUCCUGCUACAAGGAACAGCAUCACCCAAAAUGUGAUGUUUGCAAAAACUUUAUCCCUACAAAUGCAGCCGGUCUUAUAGAAUAUAGAGCACAUCCUUUCUGGCUUCAAAAGUACUGCCCUUCGCAUGAAAAUGAUAGGACACCUCGCUGCUGCAGCUGUGAGAGAAUGGAGCAAGUAGAUACCAGAUAUUUGAUACUUGAUGAUGGGAGGAAACUGUGUCUGGAGUGUCUUGAUUCUGCAAUAAUGGAUACUCAUGAAUGCCAGCCUUUGUAUCUUGAAAUUCGAGAUUUCUAUGAAGGUCUAAAUAUGAAAGUAGAGCAGCAAAUUCCAUUACUCUUAGUUGAGAGGCAAGCAUUGAAUGAAGCCAUGGAAGGAGAAAAGAAUGGCCAUCAUCACAUGGCUGAAACAAGAGGACUUUGCUUGUCAGAAGAGCAGACAGUCAGCACGAUUUUAAAGCGGCCAAGAAUCGGGGGUUAUAGGAUCACGGAUAUGUUCACAGAACCAUACAGGCUAAUUCGGAGAUGUGAAGUCACAGCAAUCCUCAUCUUAUAUGGUCUUCCGAGAUUGCUGACUGGUUCAAUCUUGGCUCAUGAAAUGAUGCAUGCAUAUCUGCGGCUUAAAGGUUAUCCCAAUCUAAGCCCAGGAGUGGAAGAAGGCAUCUGUCAAGUCUUAGCUCACAUGUGGUUGGACUCUGAAAUCUUAGCUGGUUCUGGUAGUAGCACUGCAUCUACUUCGUCCUCAUCCUCGUCUUCUUCGACAACUUCACCUUCAUCAUCAUUGUCAUCAUCAUCAUCCACCUCUU